CAAAGAUGGUGGAGGAAGAGAAGAACCUCCGCGUGGUUCGUUGUGGCGGCAGCGAGUUGAACUUUAGGAGAGCGGUGUUCUCUGCAGAUUCCAAGUAUGAGGCUACCGCGCAUUGCCGGCCUGCCGGCCAGAGGGGCGUACAUCUUCUGUGUCUCUGGAGACUUUAUUAAAGUUUAUAGCACAGCCACAGAAGAAUGUGUACACAUACUGCAAGGGCACAGACAGCUGGUGACUGGAAUCCAGCUCAACCCCAACAACCAUCUGCAGCUGUAUUCCUGUUCCUUUGAUGGCACAAUUAAACUGUGGGACUAUAUAGAUGGCAUUUUGAUAAAGACUUUCAUAGUUGGACGUAAACUUCAUGCCCUUUUUACUCUUGCCUGUGCUGAGGACUCUGUCUUUGUUAUAAUAAAUAAAGAAAAGCCAGAUAUAUUUCAGCUGGUUUCACUGAAACUACCAAGAUCAUCAAGUCAGGAAAUAGAAGCUAAGGAGCUCUCCUUUGUUUUGGAUUACAUAAACCAGUCACCCAAGUGCAUUGCUUUUGGAAAUGAGGGACAAUAUGUUGCUGCAGUACGAGACUUUUACUUGUCUGUUUAUUUUUUCAAAAAGAAAACAACCUCACGGUUUACUUUAUCAUCAUCAAGAAAUAAGAAACAUGCUAAGAACAAUUUUACAUGUGUAGCAUGUCACCCAAAGGAAGACUGCAUAGCAACUGGUCACAAGGAUGGCAAAAUUCGUCUUUGGAGAAAUUUUGAUGAUGAAAAGAAAUACACAUACACAUGUUUACAUUGGCACCAUGAUUUGGUUAUGGAUUUGGCUUUUUCAGUGACAGGCAGCAGUCUGCUUAGUGGUGGCCGUGAGUCUGUCCUCGUUGAGUGGCGCGAGGCGACAGAGAAGAAUAAGGAGUUCCUCCCCCGUUUAGGAGCUGCUAUUGUACACAUCUCAGUGUCUCCAGCGGGGGAUUUGUUCUGUACUUCACACUCCGAUAACAAGAUAAUAAUCAUUCACCGGAAUCUUGAGGCGUCCGCAGUAAUUCAAGGCCUAGUGAAAGACAGCAAUAUCUUUACUGGUUUGAUGAUUGAUCCAAGAACUAAAGCUUUGGUUUUGAAUGGAAAACCUGGCCACUUGCAGUUUUAUUCUCUGCAGAGUGAUAAACAGCUAUACAAUUUAGAUAUUAUACAGCAGGAAUAUAUCAAUGACUAUGGUCUGAUCCAGAUUGAGCUAACAAAGGCUGCAUUUGGCUGCUAUGGCAGUUGGCUUGCAACAGUGGAACAACGUCAAGAAAAGGAAACUGAGCUUGAAUUGCAGAUGAAACUGUGGAUGUACAAUAAGAAAACACAAGGGUUUGUUCUUAAUACAAAGAUUAACAUGCCACAUGAAGACCACAUCACAGAUCUCUGUUUCUGUAAUGCAGAAAAAUCUGAAAACCCCACCUUGGUGACAGCAAGUAGAGAUGGUCACUUCAAAGUGUGGAUAUUAACAGACGAUUCUGAUAUAUACAGAAAAGCUGUUGGCUGGACCUGUGAUUUUGUGGGUAGUUACCACAAAUACCAAGCAACUAACUGUUGUUUCUCCGAAGAUGGCUCUUUACUAGCGGUUAGUUUUGAGGAAAUAGUUACAAUAUGGGAUUCAGAGACAUGGGAACUUAAGUGUACAUUUUGUCAACGAGCUGGGAAAAUAAGGCACCUUUGCUUUGGGAGAUUGACUUGUUCGAAGUAUCUUCUUGGUGCCACUGAAAAUGGCAUCCUAUGCUGUUGGAAUCUGCUCAGUUGUGCAUUGGAGUGGAGUGCAAAAUUAAGUGUUAGAGUUAUGGAACCUGAUCCCAAUUCAGAGAACGUUGCUGCAGUCUCUCAGUCUCCCGUGGGCUCAGACUUGUUUGUAUUUAAACCUAGUGAGCCAAGGCCAUUGUACAUUCAAAAGAAUAUCUCCAGAGAGGAAGUCCAGUGGGGAGUGUUUGUUCCACGAGAUGUCCCUGAAUCAUUCACCUCAGAAGCUUACCAGUGGCUGAACAGAUCCCAGUUUUACUUCCUAACAAAAUCACAGAGUUUACUGACAUUCAGUACAACGUCUCCAGAGGAAAAACUCACACCAACAAGCAAACAGCUAUUAGCAGAAGAAAGUCUUCCGACAACCCCGUUUUAUUUUAUACUGGGAAAGCACAGGCAGCAACAGCAGGAUGAGAAAUUAAACAAAGCCUUGGAGAAUGAACUGGUACAGCUGCCCUUAACAGAAAACAUACCUGCAAUUAGUGAGCUUCUUCAGACCCCAGCCCAUGUACUGCCAUCUGCUUCUUUCCUGUGCUCCAUGUUUGUAAAUUCAUUGCUGCUGUCUACAAAGACUGAGAGUGCUGAAGAAGUUCCUGAUGAUGCAGAUAUGGAAGAGGAAAAAGAAAGUGACGAUUCAGAUGAAGAAAAUAAUUUCACAGAAGAGGUCCAGGAUACAAAUACCACAGAUUUGGGAGAAGACAUUAUACAUCAGUUGUCAAAAUCUGAAGAAAAGGAACUUAGAAAAUUGAGGAAAGUGGACUAUAGCUGGAUAGCUGCCCUUUAAGACUUGGAGAAUGGGGGUGGGUUCUUGCACUUUGUUUUUGUUGUCUUUUAUUGUAUGUUGAUGGUCCAAGGAUCUAUUUUAAUAUUAUUUCUGUUUUUAAAAAUGUUAAAAAUACUAACAGGCUUUACUGUUUGAAUAACUGAUACUGUGAAGCUCUGUUCCCAUCAUGUUUUACAGCUGCUGUGCACAUUCAUAUAUACAUCAUCUCAUUCGUGCUCAGUCACACAUCAGCCUUUUAAAGUAGCUCUUUUCUUCACCGGUGAUACAGCAGAGCCAGGACUUGAAUUUACACAGCAUGUGUCCCCUUAUUUGCAAUUUGGAGUAAAAGGUUUUAAAAAUGAAA